GGUGUGUCGUCGGAGUAGUGGUUGGUAGGUCGCGAAGGUGUAGUUUUAUUAUUAUUUUUUUUUUGGUACUACUACUAUUUAGUUUAGCAGUCAUAUAAAGAGGCGGCGCCGCCACGCGGAGUGUUGAACUAGAAGUGAAAAGAGUGAAAAAUAGACCUCACGCCACAUGGAGUGUUGAACGAGAAGAGUGAAAAAUAGACCCCCUUACGGCGGGCAGGCGAACGGGAGUAACAGCUGCAUCAACAGCGGAAGACUGAAGUCGACAGAGACUCACCGCCGCAACGAGAGCUGAACGUACGGGCCUUGCCUGUUGAGUAACAACGUAUAUAUAUAUCUUGUUGUCUCUUCUCUCCCGCUCUUUACCGCUUCUCCGUCUUUCCUUUUCCUUCUUCGUCAGAGACUACAUGGGAUGAAUUCUACUGCUGAGUAACUCUUGAUUGUUAUAAUUGCUGUCGGAUUGACUACUAUCAAUCAUAUGCCCGCAACGAGAAGCGAAGAAACAGCAGGAGCAAGAGCGUACGUGUGAAGUGGACAGACUCACCGCCGCAAUCGGAAGCCAAGCAACAGCUUUCCCUCGGUCUCGCAAAGCUACCAUAGUUAUAUUUCAGCGGCAGCGGACGAAAAGAAAUUACGGUAGUAAUUACACAUCGUCGCAGCCGAUUAAAGAUUGCAGCAGCAGCAGCAGCGGAUUGCAUCAGAAUCAGAUUCAGAGACAGAGAUAUCCAGUGCAGCCGAUUAUUGCCAUCUGCGCGAGCGGCGAAGAGAGAGAGAGAGAGAGAGAGAGAGAGAGAGAGAGAGAGAGAGAGAGAGAGAGAGAGAGAGAGAGAUUCUUAGCCCCACAGAUGGCUAAGCUGGAGGUAUCAGUGAUCGGAUGCACGCGUCUAAAAGAUACCGAGCUGCUGAGCAGGCAAGAUCCGUACGUCCGCAUCAAGUAUGGAUGUACCACCUGCACGACCAAAACAGAUACCGAUGGCGGUCGCAAUCCCAGCUUCAACGAACGGUUCCCGUUCACACUGGAGCCGGGUGUGCAGGACUUGCACUGCGUCGUUAUGAAUUCCAACACCUUCACGAGAGAUGACUUCAUCGGACAAGCGACGAUCUCCUUGGCGACAGCUAUGGCCUCCGGUCAUGAAGAUAACUCUUUUCCCCUGCAAGAUGCCAGGGGCAAAGGAGCUGGAUACAUCAGACUCAUUCUGCGCGUCAGUCAACUGGAAGGGCAGAAGAAACCAGGAGCCACAGCUGGCAACAAAUUCGGCUCGCCUGCGCCGGGGUUGGGAUUUCCUCCUUCUCCUUCUCUUUCAGCAGGACCAGCUUACCCCUGCGCAGGUGGGGGGGAUGCUUGGAACUCGACUACCCCGACGGCGGCGGCGGCGGCGGCGCGUGCUAUGACGAUGGGGAAUCAUGCGGGGCAAGUGUACGGCGGCUAUAAUGGGGUGGCGGCGGCGGCAACGCGUCCUUCAUCACUGUACGGUCAAAUGCCCCCCUCUGUCCCGCCUAGCACGGAUCCAUACACGAGCGGUCUCCAGCGUGCCUCCUCAUAUGCAUUCGGAGGGGGUGUUGCUCAGCCUGGGUUUCCUUCUGCUCCCUCGUUCGAUGUCCACGUUACGGUCAGAGCCCCUCCUCCACUCAACCCCUCUUCUUCCUCGUUGGGAUAUGGCGGCGGGGUGUCCUUUCGUCCUCCGGGAGCAUCGUACCCGGGUCCAGGUGGGCAGUCCGGGUCCGGACCGUACGAUCCCUACCCUACUACUGCUAGCUUGCCCCACUCUCAGUCUUUCGCUUAUCAACAACAGCCCCCGAGCUACUAUGGAAUACCGCCACCCGCGGGAUCUCUCUCCACCUAUCCUCCGCCGCAAGGGGGGUAUCAACCGCCUUCUUCUCCCCCUCAACGUUACCCUGGGCCGGGUUUAGGACGCUUUUGAUUGGCCACGCUACCACGACUACACACUACUACUACAUAGUCAUCGUCACACUACUACUACAUAGUCAUCGUCGUCGUAGUGGUAGUAGUAGUAAUGGUAGAAGUGGUGUUUCAGAAGGACAACGUUGUGGUCGUUGUCCUCUUUGUUGUCCUUUUGAAACAAUACCUCAGUCAGUACCGUCUUCCCAGGAAUAGAACGCGUAAUUAGAGCUGAAUUUUGGGCAAUAUUCAGUCCAGAUACGGCAAUAAUUCCCGUGCGUUUAUUCGGGGGAAGACGGUUGUCGCGAGGAAUUCCAAUAUGCCUAAUUGACAUGACAUGUUCUGCUUUUGUACAGAUAAUACAUGACGACGGAACUUGCUUGCGAUGGAUUCGGUGGCUUUGGGCGUUACUCACGCGCGCAAUGAUAGAUUUUGUUGACCGCAUCUGGUCGUAAUUAUGGCCAGAUGCAUCCAGGACACGCCUGAUGUGAGUUUAAAAUCACCUUGAUUGUAGUGACAUGGCUGUGGGAUAUAUUCAGCGAAACGUUUUUUUCAGAGUGGUAGUUGAAAGAAGAAAACGGCCUGACGGAAUGUGACCGGAAAAACGGAUUGAUACAUUCGUUUUGGUCGCUGUAUGUACGUUUCGUAGGGAAUUGACACGUGCCGCCCAGUAGAGACUGGCGCGACCAGCAAGAUCUAUUUUUAGCUCAGGAUAAUGGCAAGUGUGCCGCUGUGGCCGACAUCUUUCAUGAACUGACGAUUUCUCUUUUUUUCCCCCUCAAGGGCAAUGGCCUUGAGAUAUAUCAUCAUCACCAAUCCCGGAAAAAAAAAAAAAAAAAAAAAAAAAAAAAAAAAAGAUGUAUCAUCAUUGAACUGAUCUGCCCCAGGUAAUUCAGAUUCAGAAUGGUUUCAUUUUGGUCAUAUGGUUGGAUCUGGAUUCGAACUGGGGUCUGUAUUUUAACACUUCAUGGGUGUUCCACCUGAGCAAGGCCCAUUGGGAACUGACCAUUUGUGAUAGACCGACACCAUUGUUCGUGACGUCAGCUGUGCACGAUUGAUUCUGGCAUUUUAGCUGCCGGUGAAAUCUUUGUUUUUUUUUUUCCCUUCAUAAUUGGUGCCGAUGAAUUCGAGCUGUGGAAGCAGUAAACAUUACAAACGGUU